CUCCCAUCGGCACCAUAAUCUCGGUGAUCCAAGUGAAGAUCUGAUCGAUUCAACCAUCAACCCAUCGACGCACUCAUGCUGACCUUGGCGUCCGCCAUGGGGGUUCUCGCAACCGAUGCCAUCAGCACUGGCCGCCUGGAGCCUUUCCACUCAACGACGAUUCACAACGAACUGCCCAUCUCCCCCGCUCGUGGCCGCAAGACCGUGAGGCUGCCGACAUUUGCAACGCGAAGAUCACACCCGACAGAAGAUCAGCAAUGGAGGACCAGUAAAGAGCCCGCCGUGGCUGAAAAGUCCGCUUUCAUUCAUCCCUUGUCGGCGCCGACGAGUGGCAGGCUGUCCCGGAAGCGUCCCAUGCAGAGGCCGCAUUUGGUGAUGGCAGCGGGCGAUGCGACGACACAGAAGGGCAGGCAGGACCAGGCGAGUGAGCUGGCUUUCCAGCCGGGGUGGGACGGAGCGUUCCGUGAGGGCCAGCGGGUCGGCAAGUACUCUGUGAAGAGAGUAUUGGGAAGAGGAGCCGCGGGUGAGCCAUCCAUCGAGCACACAGACGACGGAUCCGAUCCGCACAUGCGCAUCAGGGCGACUGCAUGUACUGUACGUGUGUUUGUUGUUUCAGGCAUCACAUACGAGGCGGAGGCAUCACCUGACCACCCAACCAUCCCUCGACAGACGUAAGAAAGGCAGACAGACAGACGUGCGCCAGUCCAGCACGACAGGGGCACCAUCUCCUUCUUUUUCUGUCCGUCCGCGUGUGUCCAGUGUCGCCCUCAAGUGUGUGUCGCUGCGGAACAUGAGGACUUGGAAGGCCAUGGAUCUGAUAGAGAGAGAGGCCCGUGUGCUGCAGUCGCUCAGCCACCCCGCCAUCCCGGCUUACGUCGAGUACUUCCAGCUCGACGAUGCUGGUGGCGACGGCUCGACCAUCUUCUGCCUGGCUCAGAAGCUCGCGAAAGGACAGACGCUCGAGGUAAUGUCAGAAAGACACCGAUGCGUAGACAAAGACACACACACUGCCAUGUGGGACGUGACGCAGGCGCUGGUGAAGGAGCGGUGGAGUGUGGACGAUUCGGUCAUAUGCGCCAUCGCCAUCCGGUUGCUCGAGGUGCUGUCUUACCUCCACUCCCAGCGGCCGCCCAUCAUCCACAGGGACAUCAAGCCGGCAAACAUAGUGGUAGACCGGCAGCCGGACGAGGGCAAUGGGGAGCAGGUGGAUCUGUCGCUGGUGGACUUCGGGGGUGUCACGUCGGCCGUGUCGUCACAGUCGUUCGGCAGCACUCUUGUCGGCACCUUCGGAUACAUGGCACCAGAACAGGUAGCUAGGUACACGCAAGAGGGAAAUGGUACGGCUGUGUGCUGCACACGGCUGCUCUGUGUGCGGUUGCAUGGCUGCAGUUUCGCGGAGUGUCGUCAGUUCAGAGUGACCUCUACUCGGUCGGCGCCACACUGCUCUACCUCAUUACUGGCCAGGAGCCAUCAACCUUCCCUGAAGACAGGCUGCGGAUCGACUUUUCCUCCGCCCUGCCCAAGCAGCUGUCGCCCAGCAUGAAGACCCUGGUUGCCGUCACCCAGCGGCUGGUGGAGCCGGCACCGCAGGACAGGUAUGCGUCGGCUGACGAUGCGCUGAGGGAUCUUCAGCAGAGGCUGAAGCGGCCGGAGAUCACCCAGCAGAUCAGACGACAGGUGCGCAUGCAAUACAAUGAGAGGCUCUGGGAUAUCGGCAGCGAGAGUGUCGUGUUGCUUGUUCCCUUCAGAUUGAUAAUUUGGUGGUAUUGCGGCGGCCAAAGGGCACCAAGGUGGACGUCAAGAUCGACUCGGAGGGGCGGCUGCGCAUUCACCUCCCACCCGUCGGCAUCACUCCCGACAUGAUACCGCAAGUGAGUGACCAAUCGCUGCUCACGACCAACCCAAUGCACACCAAGAAAGCGGCCAUGUGUGUGCAGGCGCUCUUCGGCGCGGCGUGGAACGGCAUCAUCGGUUCAUGGACCUUCACCGCUCUGCGUGCCGGCGCGGGCAUCGGAGGUGCGCUGUUUUCUCUGCCCUUCUGGGCAGCGGGCUUCUUCCUCGCCAAAGGGCCCCUCGUCGAUGCGGCCGAGUCGACGGACCUCACCAUCGGCCCGGACGUCUUUGACAUCAAAAAGUACCUAUAUGGCGUGCAGCGCAAACGGGAGACGGGCACAACGGCCGGUGAGAUCGAUGGCCGACAUGUACACAAUGGGCUGGGCUGCUGAGCUGCACACGGGUGUUCACGGUCUGACAUCGUAUCGAUCAGAGUUGGUGCGUUCGGCUGUGGUGAUUGCUGGUGCAGAUCUGACGGUGUCGCGUGUGGUGGUGGAGGUUGUCGUCAACGGCGUCCCGCAGACAGCCAUCGAAAUACAAGAGGGAGUCAAGUAAGGAAACCGCACACACACAGAGACACAAACACACACGCACUCCCGCAGACACACACACACGGAAGGGUGCUGGUGGGUGUGUGCAGCAAGUAUAGGUUCGGUCGUGGACUGACGACAACGGAGCAGCACUGGAUUUCCUCCCAGAUCAACGCAUACAUUCUCGAGGCACAGCGGAGCCCACAGCCGUGAUGGACGAAUGCCUAAGGGACACUAGCAUGAGUGCAUGCGUCUGUGCUGCCUUUAUCCGCCUAGCAGUGACGGAUCUGAUGUGAUGUGCGCAUUUAUGGAGGUGCGUGUUUGUGUGGCCAGUGAGCAACCGAGUGAGUGUACAUAAUGGCCUAGUUGUCGUCCUAGCUACCUGUGUGGUCGGCGUGAAGAUGCAUGCAGAGAAAGGGGCUGUCUAUCGAAAGAUUCGCGUGGGGCUCACACACCCCAGCCCCACGGCAUGACGACAUGUGUCACGUACCUAUAGCAGGACAGCGAGUGUGAACGAAGCCAUCUGUGUGUAAGGAGUACUUGUCGGCUGCUGUCUGCUGCCUGCCUACUACAUGCAAUGAAUGAAUGAGUGAAUGAAUGCGCCUGUCUGUCCCACGGGCACGCAGGCGCCAAUUAGACCCGAGCAGAGCUCAGCUCUACACAGGCGCUCGCUCGUGAAGUAUCAGGUCAGUCAUGUCUCCCUGCACGUGUGUGUGUUUGUG